GGGUGUUUUAAUCCAUUGUCAUGUAAACAUUAGCAAAAAUUGUUAUUGCUAUUAUUAAUUAUAUAAAAACUAAAGAAGAAUUUAUUAAAACUGGUUGACCCAAUGGACAACGCUAGCGUUUAGUCAAGCACUGACAGCUAUCUAUUUGUGUUCUGUGACUGACAGGUUCCCAUGCCAUAACCUUAAAAUGCAACUAGUUUAUGUUUAUUUCCUCACGUUUUAAUUUUACGAUAAUUUUUCUCCGUAAUUUCUCCUCUUAAAGUUCCUAACAAUUUAAAUGAUAAAUGGAAGUCCAAAAAGCCGAUCAAACUAAAAAGCGUACGUGGAGCGAGGUGAAUAAAGCCAAGAAAGAUGAACGAAGGAAAUGGAAGGAGAUCAACCUAGAGAAAAAGCUCCAGAAAAAGAAACUUAAGACGGAAAUAGCGUCUAAUGAUGUCGAAGCCUCUGCCUUGACCCCACAGCCUGUUUCUACCUUAUCUAUAGCAGUGCCAGGCUCGAUAUUGGAGAACGCACAAACACCCGAGUUAAGGAGUUAUUUGGCAGGACAAAUUGCUCGUGCUGCUUGUAUUUUUCAGGCAAAUGAAGUAAUUGUAUUUGAUGAUUACUGUGACGAAGUAAAUGCAAAAAAAGGCACCUUGCUGGAUGGCACCAAUGAAGAAAAAGUCUCCAGACAAAGUUGUAUACAACUAGGCCGAAUUCUACAGUACCUUGAGUGCCCCCAGUACCUCCGUAAGAGCUUUUUCCCCAUUCACAACGAUUUAAAAUACUGUGGGCUGUUAAAUCCACUUAAUGCUCCACACCAUUUGGGGCUAUAUGAUGACUUUUUGUUUAGGGAAGGGGUGGUUCUAAACACCCCGGUUAAGCCUGGCAAGGGUUCAAUAGUGAAUGUGGGGCUUUUAAAGCAGGUGCAAGUGGAUAAGGUGCUGCUGCCAGGUAUUCGAUGUACUGUGAAGCUGAGACCUCAAGAGCCUCACGUAAAGAAGCUGAAAGGGAUCGUGGUUUCUCCUAAGUUGCCUAGGAGUGAAACGGGGGUUUAUUGGGGCUAUAGUGUACGAAUUGCUAACUCCCUAUCCAAGGUUUUUUCACAAUGUCCUUAUAAAAAUGGGUAUGAUUUAACCAUAGGAACCUCAGACAAGGGCACCUCAGUUGACGAUUUUGAAUGUCCCAAAUUCAAACAUUUACUGAUAAUGUUUGGGGGUGUAAAAGGUCUCGAGGCAGCCCUGGAAAAUGAUGGUGUCCUAGACGCGGACGAUCCCAGUUUGUUAUUCGAUAGCUAUUUAAAUACUUUACCUGAACAGGGUUCAAAAACCAUCAGGACUGAAGAAGCAAUUUUAAUCAGUUUAGCAGCCCUAAGGCCGAAAUUAAACCCGGAAUAUCGCAGUAGAAAUUUCGACGAGAACAAUCCUGAUUUUCAGCUAAAGUUAGACUUCAAAGGCGGCAAAAAAGUAAACGCAAAAGAGAGUGGUAGUGACAAGGACGUGGAUAGGUUCGAUUCGGAUUAAUAGUUGUUAAAUAAAUAAAAAGCGAUUUUAAAGUA